CCACAGCACUUGCUGAGUAUCAGGAUGUAGGGGACAAGGCCCCCCGAGAGUUGCUGCUCAAGCCGGGAGCCCCCCUCACACCCACUCAGGGGAAGAUCCCUAGAACCCUUGCUGGCCGCGUAGUCCCGCAGACACUCCUCUGUCCUCUGUCCUCGGUCUCCCGCUCCUGGUUUUCCCAGCCUCCUUGCUGCACAUUUAAAAUCCCGAGCAGCAGGCUGGCCCAGCCAGCUCCUCUCCCCAGGGAGGGCCAGCUAGCAGGCAGGAGGGAGCCGCUCUUUCCAUGCUGAGUGCACUCAAGUGCCAGUAAAUUGCGGAUUAACGAGCCAGGGCGAGUUGGGGAAGGCUCCCCUGGGCGCGUGCUGCUGGGAGGCCCAGCUGGGGGAACCCGUCACCGGCUGCCCCAGGAGGCCGCCCCAGCCCACGGCCACGAGAGGGGGGUCCCGCUGCCCGCCCCCUCCCUCACCAUUCUGCCUGCCUGACCGGGCUCCAGAUGGAAGCAGGCAGAAAACUUUCUGCGGACCAUGGAGACCUGGAGUCGACCCCGGGGCUUCCAGCCGGGGGAGGAGCCCUCGAGCCAGGUCUCGGGUGGGCUGGCUGACCGGCACUCCUGGGGGCCCCCCAGCCCCGAGACUUCCCCGCGCCCGGCGCUCCCGACCCCGCCGCGCUCCAGUCUCCAGGGGCCGCGCUUCGAGGAUGUCGUGGCCGCGAGGUCCUCAGACUGGCUCACGCAGCGCCCGGGGGUGGACGACGCCCCAGCCCACCAGCUGGACACGCCGGUGUCCUGGGACUCGGAGCCCCAGCUCUGGCAGGACGUCCUGACCGAGCAGCUCUGGAAUAUCUUCGCCGGGACCCACAAUAAGGGGGAGCGGCUGCAGCACACACUGACAGAGCAGGCGCCAGGCCUGGAGAGUCAGGACCUGGGACCGCGCUCCUCAGGACCGGAACCACGUAUGGAAGACACUCUGGUUCUCAGCCCGCCUGUGCCCUCCCUCAGCUCCCCUGAGGGCUCCCACGAAGGGAGCACAGAGCCAGGCACCGAGGCGGACGGGAUGCUCUCCCGAGUGGCCCAGGAGCCUGCUGGGAGAGCCCGCCCUUUCCUGAAGCCCAUAUGCUGGGACCCUGAGGACUUUGAGGACACGUGGAAGAGACCGGACGCCUUGCCCUGGCAAUCCAAGAAGCGGGCCAUCCCACACAGAAUGGAGAAGGUGCGGACACUGGAACACGGGGAGCCCGUGCUGGCCACGGCUGUCAGCAGCUUCGUGCGACACGCCUUCACCUGUGGCAGGGGUGGUGUCAAAGUGUGGAGCCUGGCCAGCCAGGUGGUGGAGGACAGGUAUCCCGAGAGCCACCUGUGUGUCCAGGUGAGGGAGGGGCUGGCUCUGGGGGCGGGGCCUGCGGGAGCCAAAAGAGCCUCGGAGGACGAGGACGGUCCCCUGCAUCUGUGCCCACCGCAGACCCGCCGGGCCUACCUGCGCACCUGCCUGCUGUCCUCGGACAGCACGACCCUGCUCGCGGGUGGCCACAACCUGGCCGGCGUGGGUGUGUGGGACCUGACCGCGCCUUCCCUGUACGUGAGCGGUGAGCUGCCCUGCGCGGGCCUCACCUGCCAGGCCCUGGCCUCCAAGCCUGAGGACAGCCUGGCCUUGGCUGGUUUCACGGAGGGCACAGUCAGGAUCUGGGACCUACGGGACCAGAGUGUCAUCAGGGACCUGCCGGGCCACCCGAAUGGGGCCAAGAGCAUUGCUGUCCAAGACCAGAACGUCUGGGCAGGGGGUCUGGACACCUGUCUGCGGUGCUGGGACCUGAGGGCUGCCAGAGAGCCUCGGGAGUACCAGUUUGAGUCUCAGAUAAUGAGCCUGUCCCCCAGUCCCCAGGAGGACUGGGUGCUGGUGGGCACAGCCAAUGGCCAGCAGUGGCUGCAGCCCACCCGAGGGGGCCAGAAACACAUGGUGGGGUGUAAGGACGGCACCAUCCUGGGUCUGAAGUUCUCCCCCCUCGGCCAGUGGUGGGUGAGCGUCGGGACGGACGACCUGGUUAGCGUCUAUAGCAUGCCCGCGGGGGCCGUGGAGCUCCAGGUACCCGAGACCUCCUCCAUCCUGUGCUGUGAUGUGUCCCCCAACAACCGCCUGAUUGUCACGGGGUCCAGGGACCACGCCUCUGUGUACCAGGUCACCUACUGAGGGGCUUGGUACCAGCUGUCCUGACUCGGGAUCCUUUUUUUCUUUUUUUUGUCCUUUUCCCCCAGUAAGGUGGAGGCAUAAUGGUGGAGAGGUGUGGUGGGCGAGCCGGGUCUCUUCCGCAUGGCGCGAUCAGGCCGGCCAUCUUUGUCACAUGUAAUAAAGCAAUUGGAAACAGCA